GGACUUCCCGGCCACGUUGAAAUGUGCGUUUAAAAGCCGGCGCCGUUUCAUGAUUCUCGUUCAGUUAUACAAUUAACCACGAGCUAAACACGUUACCCAACCGUCAUGGGAUCGUACAAGUUUCUAGUAUUUCUUGUCUACACUUCGGUUUUGUUUCUGUCGUUCGAAAAUGUCCCCGCGAUGCCAUUCUCGUGGGCGAAUUUCGUGAACGAUACCGGAAUUCCAUGUAUCGUGAGCAGAGAAAAUUGGGGAGCCAGGACACCGCUUGAACGUGUUCCUAUGGAAGUAACACCGACUCCUUACGUUGUCAUCCAUCACGGAGGUAUUGCAAAGUACUGUUCCGAUGAGAAAUCAUGCGCAGCGAUUGUGAGAAGCUACCAAAGUUACCAUAUGGACGAUCAUGGCUGGUUCGACAUUGGUUACAAUUUCGUCAUUGGCGAGGAUGGAAAUGUUUACGAGGGUCGUGGAUGGAAUUACGUUGGGGCACAUGCACCUGGAUAUAACACUCAGAGUAUUGGAAUAUGUGUCAUCGGUGAUUUUAGCAAUUUCGUUCCUAACGAGAAGGCUCUGAAGGCGAUGAAUGAACUGAUCGAUUAUGGAGUGUCUCUGGGUAAAAUAAGCAAGGAUUACCACGUCAUCGGACACAGACAAGUUAGGAGUACUCUUUGUCCAGGCAAUGAAUUUUACUCGUAUGUGAGAACGAAUCCACGAUGGACUGCAAAUCCUGUACCAAGAUCCAAAAUCUCCGACAAGACGAUACAGUUGUUUUAUUUUUCUACUUCAAGUCGAAUAUGUAUUCCGCGAACUUUAUUCGACACUCGUGCAUACAACGUUCUCAUGAUUAAAGAAAAAGAAGAACAUCUAUUUAGGAAAAGAAUAAUUUGUCGAUUAUUUCAAUAUCAUUUAGUCCGGCCAAAUAUAAUAUCGAGGGCAGAUUGGGGAGCCAGGCCACCGAAAGGAACCCUGCGAAAUCUUCGAACGGAUCCACCGCCAUUUGUUGUAAUUCAUCAUUCAGCGUCUGAUGGUUGCACAACUCAGGCAAUUUGUCAGGCUAGAGUGAGAAAUUUUCAGAAUUAUCACAUGAAUCAAAAGAAUUGGGAGGACAUAGGCUACCAAUUUUUGGUUGGAGAGGACGGAAACAUUUAUGAAGGAAGAGGGUGGGGCAAGCACGGUUCACAUUCGAUACCUUACAACUCGAAGAGCAUUGGAAUUUGCAUGAUCGGCAAUUUUGUUGGUCACAAUCCUAAUGCAGCAGCCAUAAAAGCAGUUCAAGACUUGAUAAAGUACGGUGUGGCGAUUGGAAAAAUUCAAGAAAAUUACAAGCUGCUUGGCCAUCGACAAACAACACAAACUUCCUGUCCAGGAGAUAGCCUUUACCAGCUGAUUCAAACUUGGCCUAAAUGGUCAUCGAUCUGA